CAAAAAGGUCCAUUCGGCACUUCAGCUCGCAACGAUUUAGCCUUGUUUUCAGGCGAAGUAAAAUUUGAAAAAUGGAACGCUGGGAGGGCAGGGUAGCAAUUGUCACAGGGGCAAGCGCUGGAAUUGGUGAGGCAAUUGCUAAGACUCUCGCUCUGAAAGGUAUGAAGGUUGUCGGCGUUGCUCGAAGAGUGGAGAAGAUACAAGCGUUAGUUGAGGAACUGAAGACAGAUAAACUAAAAGGCGAAUUGCAUGCUAUGAAGGGAGAUGUAACCUGCGAGGACGAUAUCAAAAGGAUCGUCCAGUGGACUCGAGAAAACCUUGGCGGCACGGAUGUCCUUGUGAACAAUGCCGGAGUCGGCGUAUUGAAAAAGUUGUCUGAAAUUUCGCUGGCCGACAUCAGGAAAACCUUAGAUUUGAACGUGGUUGGACUGUCUCUAUUCACGAGAGAUGUGAUUCAGGAUAUGAAAAGCCGGGGCGUCAAUGAUGGCCACAUUUUUCACAUCAAUAGCAUUGCUGGUCAUGAAAUAAUGAGGUGGCCCGGGACAGAGAUUUACUCGGCUAGCAAGCACGCAGUUACUGUUUUGACAGAAGGACUGCGGAGAGAACUGCGAGACAUGGGCACCAAGAUUCGCGUGACGAGCAUCAGCCCUGGUGAAGUGAAGACAGAAAUCGCGGUGGCGAGCGGGAUGUCGGAAGAAGAAGCUGAGAAACUUUACAAGAGCAGGCCAUAUCUUGAGCCAGAAGACAUCGCCAAUGCGCUCGUUUACGCAUUAGAAGCACCGCCGCACGUUCAGGUGCACGAAAUAAUAAUUUUCCCCACCGGCAGACCCUAAGUGCCUACUAGACCCAAGUUUUAAUAUUGCAUAAUUAGCCCCAUGUGUGCUUGGAACAAAAAUAUAAAUUUUGUGCCACAUUGUUGCAUUUGCUAAGUGCAAAAAUAAAGGUAAUUGAUUGUUAGGGA